AUGGCCGGCCUCCGAGCGCACGCACCGACGCGGCACGGCACCGGGAAGAUAUUCGUCCACGCCGACCUGCAGCGCUGCACGCACGUCAUGUUGCGUACCGACGCAGUACAGCCACCUCUCCGACCGCCCUACAGUGGACCGCACCGCGUGAUCGCCCGAGGAGACAAAACGCUGGUCCUCGAGUGCAACGGAAAGCCGUCGACAGUGUCAGUCGACCGCGUCAAACCAGCCUACGUCUUGCCCGCUCCAUCAGCCACGCAUUUCUUCGACCCGGCAGAAGAUCUGAUCACGGACGACACGCCCUCUGCCAGCGGUCAGACGGAACCCGCACCCGGAGCCGCCGGUGAUGCACAGCCGCAGCCUGCUGUCAUCGCGCCGCCAUGUGCGCCUCCCUCCACCACGCCCAGGCAGCUGGUACGGCCGCCCGGACCGCGCCCACCACAGGCGCACCGGUCGCCCCCACCACAGCCGCCAGCGGACUACGUCACGCGCGCCGGCCGCCGCGUCCGAUUCAAACGGCCGUGCUGCGUCGCCAGCGCGCCACGACACCCAAACCGGCAAUCACGCGUCCGAGCCGCCGAACGCCCUCCUGGACCCGCGUUCGCGUCUUUUGCCUCCGCCGCGUCGGGCGUUGAGGCCGGAUCGGCACCCGCGCCUGCUUACCUCAUUCGCUUCUCCGUCGAGCUCUGGACAUCGCGCACCACACCGCCCGGCUUGUCCGUAGUAGCUCCCGGACCCGCGUUCGAGUUCCGACGGUACCGCACUCGCGCAAGCGCCUUCCAGACGUCGCCACCAAUGACCUGCAACGCGCACCUUCACGCGCAUCGCUACGGACAGUCGCAGCCAGUGCCUGCUGCCGCUGUCACUAGCCGCCAGCGCGAGGACACGCCCACCGCACGCUCGCCGGUCCGGCGCGCUGACGUCACGGGCCGCCGCCCUUCCGACGCCGACCGACCCCCGCCAAAGCUGCCGCACUGCCAUCACGCAGUGCACGAACUUUAA